GGUUAAAGAAUCUGUAAUAAAAGUUAAAUUAAAUAUUUUCAUGUUUAAAGUACUGUAAAUGGACUAAAAAAUAGUUGGUGUGAUAUAUACAGAUCAAUUGCACUAGGAUAACAAGGAAUUUUAAAUAAUUGACGAGAUUUAGGUGUAGAAUAAAGCUAGCAUUUAUUUGUGCGUAAAAGUCGACAAAAAAUGUUUAAAUGGACUCUAUAAUAACGCAAGUAAAUAGAGAAGAUGAGCAAUUGAAUGCUUUUACAAAUGAUAAAGGAACUAUCGAAGAAAAUGUAACAAAAAAAUCAAAAAGGCGAAUAUGGGAGACAGUCUUCUGCUGUUGGCGACAACGGAGUGCUUCUAUAACUCGCCGUACCAAAUCAAAUCAGAAUGGUGGAUCGAUAGAAGGACUUUCUUCAACGCAAACUAUAGGACAAGCAAGUGGGCUCACGUGCAACAAUAGUCAAAAUCGAUAUUUACUUCCGCCAGUUAGACAUUCGGAUAUGCAUAAAAAAUGUAUGGUUAUUGAUUUAGAUGAAACACUUGUGCAUAGUAGUUUUAAACCAAUUCCAAAUGCAGAUUUCAUUGUUCCCGUUGAGAUUGACGGAACAAUUCAUCAAGUUUACGUUCUUAAACGUCCUUAUGUCGAUGAAUUCUUAAAGAAGAUGGGCGAGCUAUACGAAUGUGUUCUCUUCACAGCUAGUUUGGCAAAGUAUGCUGAUCCUGUUGCCGAUCUUUUAGAUCAAUGGAACGUCUUUCGAGCUCGACUGUUCCGAGAAUCUUGUGUUUAUCAUGGUGGCAAUUAUGUAAAAGAUUUAAACAAACUAGGCCGAGAUCUACAAAAAAUCGUGAUUGUAGAUAAUAGUCCGGCUAGUUAUAUUUUCCAUCCCGAAAACGCUGUUCCAGUAAAGAGCUGGUUUGACGAUAUCAGCGAUACUGAACUUUUGGAAUUGAUUCCUUUAUUUGAGAAAUUAAGUAAAGUGGAUUCUGUUUAUACAAUACUAUCUAGUAAAAAUACAAACUCAAAUUCUAAUUUAAUAACACAAACAACAUUAACAUCCUCUUCGUCAAUAAUAACAUGCUCGCAACAGCAGCCAAACGAGAAUACGUAACAUUUAAGGAUUAAAAUAGGAAUGAAAAAAUUUUUCUUGUUGUUCUUUCAUGGUUAAAGUUUUUUGUAAAUUUCGAAUUCGUGCAUAUACAUC